AUGAUAUCUCCAGCAAAGAAAAUUUGGAAAUUGAAUGACGAUCUUCUACAACCUCCUCUGUCCACUCCAACGUUUCCCCACUGGCGCACCGAAAACUCCAUCGUGAAGGGAUGGCUCAACAAUUCUUUGGAGCAGAGCUUGAUUGGCAAUUUCAUUCGCUUUUUGACGGCAAAAGCAAUGUGGGAUGCAAUUGCCACGACCUAUUAUGAUGGCACUGACACCUUUAUGGUGUAUGAUCUGAAACGACGAGUCCCCCGUAUGCGACAAGCUGGUGGCUCCAUUGAAACCUAUUACAAUACUCUCCAAAGUUUGUGGAGAGAGAUUGAUUUCCGUCAUCCAAAUAUGAUGGAGUAUGAUAGUGAUAUCCAGCGCUAUAGUGAUAUUCUGCAAGAAGAUCGAGUUUACAUAUUUUUGGAUGGCCUUGAUGAUCAUCUUGAUGAGGCCCGAAGCGAUGUUCUUCACAUGACUUCGUUCCGCAUUGUGGACCAAGCUUAA